UGAGCUUGUUCUCCCUCUACGGGCUUUUCUAUUUUUAUGCAAUUGCCUGUAAACGUAUCUUCGGUUGGUUCGCUUGGCUUAUGGGGGAUGAGCUCAGCAUAACCCGUUCAUGUAAUCAGACCGAAGCAAUUUGAGCAGUUUGACUGGUCUUCCUAUAUCUAUAAUAUAGGCAUAGCCACACCCACCCACUUGUCCUCUUCAAGCUUUCCCUUUUAUUAAUUAAGUUCCAAGAUGACCCCGUAAACCAGGCUUGUGAAUCUGCUUCUUUUACCCAUUCUCUCUCUCUCAUACAGAGAUUGAUAACCCAAUGCCACACCCUUGGCUGGUUGUAACACGUGACGCCAUGAGAGGGGAUCAAUAGUUUUUUCUUUUCUUUGUGAAAGUGAGAACUUUGUACACGUAGUUUUAGUGGGUGUGUGGGAAGGAAACCUCAACAUUUAUAUAAUAAAGUAAAGGGCUUCAAAACUCAACACGCCAUUAAAGACACUUUUGAUUCCUGUGCUGCAACCCUCCUCAACGUGCUUUCGUCUCUCUCACUAACUCACAGCUUUCAAUGUGCUCUCAUCGAUAUCAGACACAGUACAGUCACUCUCCCCUCACUGUUUCUCACAUUCACUUCUAAAUAAUUGUGUUCAAAGCUGCUGACCCACACUCUCUCUCUGACACCCCCCACCACCAUUACUGUCCAUGCCCCAGAAGAAAAAAAAAAAAAGCACCAGCUCUUUUCACCAAAACCAGCAGCCAGCACAUUUGGAACGCUCUCUCUUAUUGCACUCAUUGCAUAUAUUCAUCAGCUCAAAAGCUUACACAUAAAAGUGCUAGCGGCUAGACUGUUAGUUGAAGAAAACAGAAAUUUCCUCUCAUCAUUCGUACUCCACGCAGUCCUGAUCUUUCUCCGCGGCCCCUUUACCAGAAUUUUAGCAGUAAAUGCAGCUUGGUUCUUCUACAUCUUUCUAUGGGGAAGAAAGGAGGAUCCUCGUGGUUGACUGCUGUCAAAAGGGCUUUCAGAUCUCCUACUAAAGACCUUGAAAAGAGGAGUCCCAGAACGACAAAAGAGCACAGCCAAGAUGAACAAGAGGAAGAAGAAGAAAAGAAGAGAGAGAAACGAAGAUGGCUUUUCCGGAAGCCCACAAGCCAUGCGACUGUGAAUCAUCACACCCCACCAAAAAGGACGAAUGCUGACGCCUGUGGUGGUGCGGCAACGGCCGGAGGUAUUUCAGGAGCAGCCCUGGCAGCUGCAGAGCAAAGGCAUGCAAUUGCAGUGGCAGUGGCGAGCGCAGUAGCUGCUGAGGCAGCAGUUGCCAGCGCCCAAGCGGCCAUGGAAGUUGCCCGGCUCGCUCGGCCAGUGCCUUCUAAUUAUGCCAGAGAACACCGUGCAGCCAUUGUUAUUCAAACAGCUUUCAGAGGAUAUUUGGCAAGGAGAGCUCUUCAUGCGCUGAAGGGUCUUGUGAAGUUGCAAGCUUUGGUAAGAGGUCACAAUGUUCGAAAGCAAGCAAAGAUGACCCUUCGAUGCAUGCAAGCUCUAGUACGAGUUCAAGCACGAGUACUUGAUCAACGCAUGAAACAAUCAGACGAAAGCAGUAGAAAAUCAACAUUUAGUGACACCAAUAGCUUGUGGGGAUCACAGUGUCUUCAAGAUCUUUCUGACAGAAAGUCGAUGUCAAGAGCUGGAAGUAGCAUUCUGAAUGACUGGGAUGAGCGGCCACACACAAUUGAGGAGGUGAAAGCAAUGCUGCAAAAUAGAAAGGAAGCUGCUUUGAUGCGUGAAAGAACCUUGUCUCAUGCUUUCUCUCAACAGGCAAGGAGAACAGGACGGAAUCCAUCAUUGGGCAGUGAAGAAGAGCUUGGAGAAAAACACCAAUGGCUCGACAGAUGGAUGGCUGCCAAGCAAUGGGAGAGCAGGGGAAGAGCUUCAACUGAUCAAAGAGACCCUAUAAAAACCGUCGAAAUUGACACCUCACAACCUUAUUCAUACUUAGCUACCAAUUUGCGAAGAUCCAAUCAACACCAAAGACCCAACUCUCCUCUGCAUAGAGUCCACCAAAACCAACCCCUCCACUACUCUCCUGUUACACCCUCUCCAUCCAAAACAAGGCCCCUUCAAGUCCGUUCUGCAAGUCCCCUUUAUCCAAGAGAAGAAAGGAACUAUCACACGGCUCAAACACCAAGUUUAAAGUCUACAGACUACUAUAAUGGAGGAUUGCAUCAACAUACAAGGGGUACAACUAGUGGGGCUGGUGAUUAUGGUGCGAUGCCCAACUACAUGGCUGCAACUGAGUCUGCCAAGGCUAGAAUCCGCUCUCAAAGUGCACCAAGACAAAGGCCAUCAACUCCAGAAAGGGAACAAAAUGGAUCAGCAAAAAAACGUUUAUCAUUCCCAGUUCCAGAGCCUUACAAUGUAGGAAUUGGUUAUGGAGGUUAUGGAAGUUAUGGGCACAAUUUGAGGAGCCCAAGCUUUAAGAGCCUCGGUGGUGUCCCUAUGGGGAUGGAACAACAGUCCAACUAUUCUUCUUGCUGUACGGAAAGCCUUGGUGGUGAGGUAUCUCCUUCUUCAACCAGUGACCUUAGGAAGUGGUUGAGGUGAUUAAGGACAAAAUAUGACGGAACUCAAUGUUGGACCUUGUUAGGUUAUUUUUUUAACCCACUUAAUUUGAAACUCAUCAGAUGUUUUAAGGUUGUUGUUUGAACAUUUGUCUGCAAUUGGAUGUUGACCCGUAGAAAAAGCAGGGAAAAAAGGUGUUUUAGUGGGAUUAUUCAUGUUUUUUCUGUCUUUAAUUUAGCUAUAAGCUAAAUCACAAAUUUUCUUUCGGGAAUCUUAUUUUCCUCCAUUUUAAAGGGUGUUUGACUCUAUGGUAAACAUAACAAAGGUUGAAGUUUGG